AUGCUAGUCAAGUGGCUUUGUGGUUGUUCUAGAGAACCGAAAUCGAUACAUGACUUAAGCAUCUGCGCAAAAUGCCACCGGGUAUCUUGCAACUGGUGCCAAAAGCCGGAACUUCUAAUUAAAUACUGCCCUGGCUGCUAUAGUCUUAGUGAGUUUGAUGAUCAAAUACGAUGUACGAAAAGCUGUUUCGAGUGUCCUAGGUGCCAAAAUCAGAUCUCAAUUGCAGGCAAAAAGUCCAAAUCAAAUGCUAGACAAUUCCUAAUGAAAUGCCACGGCUGUGGAUGGACAUACGAAACUGCCGAUCUGGGUAAAACGCGAUCAUUGACAACAUAUGUUGAGACAUUGAGGGACACCCAGGAUUCCAAACAGACAAGGUUUCGAGAGCUGCAACAGUUUUACGAUACUAAACGUAAGUUACAAAAACUGGACUCUAGUAGCGAAUCUGGGCGCUUAGAGACUCUCGACAAACGUACUUCUCACAAUAUAGUGGAAAAGCUUGAUAGCGCUAAGCUUUUUGAGCUUAUAAACGAGGAGAUUCCCAUUCCGCUAGAUGAAAUGGAUUUGUCCGAGCCGCUUAGUUUGCCACAAGCUCGAGGUAUGCAUGCGAGAUAUAAUUACACAUGUUCUUCGUGUCACACAUGGCUAAGUAAGCGUCAUCCUGAUCCAAAGUCCUCGCGCUAUUUACUGGAAUCCUAUGCUGCUCUUCAAUUUCCGGAGCUAAAAGUUGUGCCGCUAUCUGCAAUUGUCCCAUCAAAGACAGACCCAGAAGACAUAGCCCUUGUGUUCAGUGCCAGUAAUCAGGCCAGGGAAUCUACUGAGGUUUCUCUAGUGGGAUCAGCUACAGUACAUAUACCUUUGCGUCAAUUUACUUUAAAAAUUUCCGGACCCUCUCUGCCCAUUCAAACGCCCGCUGACGAGCUAAGACAUUUCGCAACACUAAUACCUACAUACCAGCUGACUGGUAACAACUCCGUUCUUGAACAUGAAAGAGCUAGACGGUCCUCAAAAGGUUCUUCAAGUUUUGAGGUAGCUCCCAGUUGCUCAUCCUCAGGAAUCGUAGAUCAAGGAAAUGGUUGGGCAAUAAUACCUGUGCGUUUACUAGAGCCUUCAAAUACGCAUCAAAUCCAAAUAACAGUGGCCGUAAUGGAUGUUUAUGUCACAAUUCAAGCAAUUAUUUGCAAUUCGCCCUAA